UGUAUUUCUCAUUAUGUCACCAAGCCUAUAAAUGUAAAGACAACCCUUUAUAUUUAGUAGAUCCACGAGGUCUUGAGGUCCAGAGGGAGAUAAAGGAGAAAAUGAAGAGGUUACUUGGAGCAGUGCUUUUCGCAGCCUUGGUCACAGAAGGUUGCUCACUGAUUUGUCACAGAUGUAAUAGUCUUACUGGCAGCUGUGCAUUAAACACCACAACUGAGUGUAACAGAACGAUCCAUUCAACAUGCAGAUCGAUCAGUGUUAAUGACGUCUUUGGUUUUGCACGAUCUAAUUACCUUCUGAGUGGCUGUGGAAACUGUUUUGGCCUCAUUUCCUUCAGCAGUGGAAUUUUAUCCAGAUAUGUGCACACCACGUGCUGCAGCUCCAGCCUGUGUAACAAUGAUGUUGUUCCAGACAUAGAGAACAGCACACUGAAUGGCUUGGAAUGUCAUGGAUGUUUCGCUGUUAAUGGGACCUGUACCAAUGUGCUGCCCACAGUGAAAUGCAGAGGAGAACAAGAUCACUGUGUCCACACUUCAGGCCUACUGCAAGGGGUGCGACCUCUCACCUGUAACCAAUGUGUGGCAUCUUCUGGUUCCUGUAUGCUGCGAGAAAUUAAGUGUCCAUCAGGAACCACAACCUGCAGCACCACUUCAACCACAGAAAUUUACAGUGGAGUGACUAACAAGAGGAUUAGAAAUUCCUGUGGCCAGUGCUCUGAUCCCAUAGCUUUUAACACUGGAGUUGUGGUUUUCUCACAGAGCAGCAGCUGCUGUCACUCCGAUCUCUGUAAUAAUCAAAUAUUUGCAGAGCCUGCGAACAGCACCCAGAAUGGACUGAAAUGCCAAGGGUGUUUUAACAUCUCGUCCCAUUCCUGCAGGGACUCUGAGCAGACAGUGAAAUGUGUUGGAGCAGAGACUCGCUGCAUUACUGCCUCAGGCCAGGAGGCCUUAUCAUUAAGCUUGAAUAAUUUCAUCGCUAAGGGCUGCGUCUCCAAGCAGGUCUGUCGAUCGCUUGACAUCUUGAGGCCUUUCCGUAUCCAGUUUACCCAGCUUCCCACGUGUUGCACAGGGAACCUCUGCAAUGGUGACCCCGGGAGUGGCACCUCCACACUGGAGCCAGGAGUUAUAACGAGCAGGCCAAUGACAACAGACUCCAGCAGCAGAAUGACAGCCAAUGGCACAGGUGUCAUAACAAGCAGCCCAGCAUCAGAGACCAGCAGCGGUGAACCAACCAAUAGCAAGGGAGGCAUAGGAUGUAUCAUCGGAUUGGUAACGGGCGUCACAGGCGCAGUUCUGAUAGCAAUGGGAAUUUGUUACUAUCAGUGCAAAAAGAAAAAGGACUCCGGUCCUAUCUGAUGCUUUGAAGAAGGUUCCUGACUUUUGGCAGGACUUGGUUUCCUGAGGCUCCAGCUGAUUCCUGGUUGUGACUCUGCUACCUGUGGGAUGGUAUCUCUCUGUCAUCACUUGGCGUUCGUUAUUACUUGAGAAGGAUGUGACUACGAUUUCUCUGCUUCUUUGUAAGGAAACAAGACAACCCCUUUCACUAUCUGGUGAAAUAAAGACUUUUGUGUGCUACCCUCAAUAAUUGUGGCUGUAAACAUUUACUUAAUCAUUUCAAGCCAAUGCUUCUUGCAGUUUGAUGUUUGCUAAUCUGCAACAUGUCCAUCUGUUUUCCAUUUCUUUGUUCAAGGGAUGUGGGCUUCGCUGGCUGGGCCAACAUUUAUUGCCCAUCCCUAAUUGCCCUUGUGAAGGUGGUGGUGAGUUGCCUUCUUGAACCGUUGCAGUCCACGUGGUGAAGGUACGCCCACAGUGCUGUUAGGAAGGGAGUUCCAGGAUUUUGACUCAACGACAGUGAAUGGAUGAUGAUAUAUUUCCAAGUCAGGAUGGUGAGCGGCUUGGAGGGGAAUUUCCGGGUGGUGGUGUUCUCUUCUAUCUGCUGCCCUUGCCCUUCAUUGCCACAGAAGGCUGUGGAGGCCAGGUCAGUGAGUGUAAUUAAGACCGAGAUAGAUAGAUUCUUGAUUGGUAAGGGAUUCAAAGUUUACGGGGAGAAGGUGGGAGAAUGGGGUUGAGAAACUUAUCAGCCAUGAUUGAACGGCGGUGCAGACUCUAUGGGCCGAUUGGCCUAAUUUCUGCUCCUAUGUCUUAUGGUCUUAUGGUAGUGGUCGUGGGUUUGGAAGGUGCUGUCUAAGGAGUCUAGUUGAGUUGCUGCAGUGCACCUUGUGGAUGGUACACACUGCUACCACUGUGCAUUGGUGGAGGAGGGAUUGAAUACUGAAGUUACUGGAUAUGGUGCUUUGUCCUGGAUGGUGUUGAGCUUCUUGAAUGUUGUUGGAGUUUCACCUAUUUAACCCAAGAUGUAUGCUGUUUGUUCAAUAAAAGAAAUCAAUGCA